AAUUACUCUGUCAAAUUUCGACCUUAAUUCCUUGCAUAUGCUAUAUAAUUGUUAAUUUAUUCAUUUUUCUGUUUAGUUUUAUUGUGUAUUUUUUGGGUGUUUGUUGAGAUAAUCAGUUUCCCGUUAGUUUAGCCGAUCAUCGUUUGUCUCUGUUAAGUUCAAUAUGUAAAUCCCACAUGUCAACUCAAUACAAAGUUUAAUUGUUUCUUGCGUAUGUAUUAAUUUCUUGAUUUUUAGUUUGAUUGGUUUUAAUUAGUUGAUUCCUGUGAUAUUUGAAAGAUUAUAGUGUAUUAUUUAAUAGGAUUAGUGAAAAGAUUAUUGAAAAGUCAACUUUAACAUGUGAUUGUGUUCAUUAUGGUGGCUAUAAAUCAAGUAUACAAGGCGUCAAUAUCUUAGAAGUUCUCAAAAAUUGUGGUUAUGUGGCUUUAUUAUGAUGAGUAUUCUUGUUAUUUCCAUCUCAAACUAUUAGGACUGUUGCUGUGAGGUUAUUUUUUUGCUAGCAUAUGAGCAAUGUCCAUAGCAGGCUAUGUGACUUGGCUCAUCUAAUGUCAUUGGAUAAUUAUUGAUUUAUGAAAUCUAACUUUCACUUAAAAAAACACUUUGAGCAACACAUAAUUUUAGGAUAAGUUAAUUGAAUUUAAUAGAAAAAGAUGUAAGUGGAGUAGUCGAAAUAAUAGAAAAUUAUAAGAAAAGAUAGUACGGGUUAAAAUUUUAUUAAAACGUAAGGGAUAUGAGAGAAGAAAUAAAUAAUAAAAUAAGUAGUAUUGAUUUUGAGUGAGGACAUGAAAGGAAUAACACUUCAAUAACAGCUAAAUGCUAUUAUACUCUUAAUAUUUAUCUAGACAAUCUAUCUUAUUCUACUAUCCUUUUUACUUUUCCUUUUUUUUUUUUUCAUUUUAAACACUUGAUUAAAGUAGUGGCACGUUUGUAUUCCUUUUAAUUUUUUUUCCUUUUCAUGCAUCAUUAUUUAAAUCUUGUAUAUAUGUACUAAGGUAAUGUUGUCACAUGACUAGUAUUGAUAGAAUUCUUGUGUUGAAUUUGCAGAUUUUAUAUAGCUAAUUUAUUCCCUUAAUUUUAAUAACUUGGUAAAUAUGACUCCUAAUAAAGAUUGGAUGUCCAUUGAAGAUUAUGUUAAUGACCCUUCAUAUGAAGAAGGAGUAAAUAGUUUUUUAGAUUAUGCUUUUGAAAAGUUGAAAACUGAGACAUUUCGAUGUCCUUGUUCAAAAUGUGUUAAUGGAGAAUCUGGUGAUCGUGAAAAAAUUAAACAACAUUUAUUAGUCUUUGGAAUUGUUAAGAGGUAUACCUUUUGGUAUCAUCACGGGGAAGGGUUUAAUGAGCCUACGUACUCAAUCUGACGGAGAUGAUGAUGUUGAAGAAAAUGAAAACGAUAAUGAGGUGUUCGAUAUCUUGAGGGAUUUAUAUCCUAAUAAUCUUGAUGAUAUCGAUGGUAGUUCCUCCUACAUUUUUAAUGAUGUUGAGGAGCCAAAUAUGGCUACCAAAAAAUUUUAUAACUUGAUGAAGGACUCACAAGACCCUGUCUAUGAAGGUUGUAAGAGUUCUAAGAUGUCUGCACUAUUAAAACUUCUUCAUAUCAAGACUCUUGGCCGUUGGAGUAAUGAGUCAUUUACCAUGCUUUUGGAUUUCUUGAAGAAGGAACUUUUACCGAAAGUAUCAAAUUUACCAGAUUCUUAUUAUGAAGCAAAGAAGACCAUAAAAGAUCUCGGGCUUUCUUAUGAGAAAAUUGAUGCAUGUGUAAAUGAUUGCAUGUUAUAUUGGAAGGAGAAUGAAAGCUUGGACUCAUGCAAUAUAUGUGGUGCAUCAAGAUGGAAAAGUAACAAACAUAUUGGGGAAGACAAGUGUAAGAAAAAUGGUAAAAAGAUACCCCAUAAGACACUACGUUACUUCCCACUAAAACCAAGGCUCCAACGAUUGUUCAUGUGCUCAAAGACUGCAUCUUUGAUGACAUGGCAUCAUGGUAAAAAGAAGAAAGAUGGUACAAUGAGACACCCAGUUGAUGGAUUAGCUUGGGAAUCCUUUGACAAAGAGUUUCCGAAUUUUGCUUCCGAUCCUCGAAAUGUUAGAUUAGGCCUUGCUAGUGAUGGUUUUCAGCCUUUUGCAAAUUCAAAGACACCAUAUAGUAUUUGGCCAGUGGUACUUAUUCCAUAUAAUUUACCACCUGAACUGUGUAUGAAACAGUCUAAUUUGAUAUUAUCAAUGCUCAUUCCUGGUCCUAAAGGACCUGGUGAUGCAAUUGACAUAUAUCUGCAACCUCUAAUUGAGGAAUUGAGGGACCUAUGGGACAAUGGUGUUGAGACCUUUGAUGCAUCAGCUCAAAAUCAUUUUAACCUACGUGCAUCAUUAAUGUGGACUAUAAAUGAUUUUCCAGCAUAUGCCAUGUUAUCAGGGUGGAGUACAAAGGGAUAUUUAGCAUGCCCUUGUUGUCAGAAGGAUACACGUUCAGAGUGGCUAUCUCAUGGAGGCAAAGAAUGUUAUAUGGGUCAUCGAUGCUAUUUGCCAAUGAAUCAUAGGUGGAGAAAGGACAAGGAUUCAUUUGAUGGGAAAGUCGAGCGUAGUCUACCUCCAAAACCUUGCUCUAUAGAUGAAAUUCUUCAUCAACUUGAGGAUCUCGAAAACAUUGUAUUGUCUAAUGAUCCACAAGUGAAGAAAAAAAUAAAGCACGAUCUUAGAGGUGAUAAUUGGAAUAAGAAAAGCAUUUUGUUUAAGCUUCCUUACUGGAAGGCACAACUAUUGCGACACAAUUUAGACGUGAUGCAUAUUGAGAAAAAUAUAUGUGAUAGCAUUCUUGGGACAAUUAUGAACAUUAAUGGGAAGACCAAAGACACUUUAAAAUCACGUCUUGACUUGAAAGCCAUGGGGGUAAGGUCCACACUGCACCCUAUAGAAGAUGGGGACAAAUUUAAACUACCUCCUGCUCCAUUUACAUUUUCUGCCUCCGAGAAGAAAACUUUCUGCAACUUUUUAAAAGAAUUAAAAGUUCUUGAUGGUUUUUCAUCAAAUAUAUCUUAUUGUGUCAACUUAAAGGAUUCUAAAAUUUCGGGUUUAAAGAGCCAUGAUUGUCAUGUAAUACUUGAACAUCUUCUGCCUUUGGCAAUACGUGGUCUACUCACUCCACUUGUACGUGAAGCACUUACUGAGUUGUCGAUGUAUUUUACUUUGUUAUGUGCUAAAGUAUUAAAUGUGGAGGAGUUGAAUUGAAGCGAUUAGAGUCCCAAAUCCCUAUUACCCUUUGUAAAUUAGAGAAGGUUUUCCCCCCUUCCUUCUUUGAUGUGAUGAUGUAUUUACCUAUUCAUUUAGCUAAUGAAGCUAGAAUUGGAAGUCCGAUUCAGUUUAGAUGGAUGUAUCCUAUUGAGCAAUAUAUAUAUAAGCUUAAAUCUUUUGUAAGAAAUAGGGCUCGUCCAGAGGCUUCAAUUGCAGAGGGUUAUCUUGCAGAAGAGUGCAUGACUCUUUGCUCUAGGUAUAUGGAUAGUGUGGAAACAAGAUUUAAUCGUCUUGAAUGAAAUUAUGAAAAUGCAAAUGGUGGUGUGAAGCAUUGACUAUUUUCAGUCAUCCUGGCAGAGGUUUAGGAGCUCAAACCAUUAUAGAUAUUUCAAAGAAUGAUUUAAAUCAAGCUCAUGAUUAUAUUUUAAAGAAUUGUGAGGAGGUUCAACCUUUCCUUCAAUAAGAGUCUUAGCCCUAAUGCAUUUUUCUAUUAAUCUUUAGUAAUUGUGGCUGUCACUAAUUUUUGCUUAUUUUAGAGAGUAUUCUGAAGCUCAUCCAUAUAAUGAUGCUGGAAUCUCAGAAGAGGAAUGGAGUGAAAAUUUUAGACAAUGGUUUAAGAAUGAAGUUGCGCGAUUUUAUGAGUAUAAUAAGAGCAAGGAAAUGGAAAAUCUCCUCUCAUUGUCACGUGGACCAACACAAUAUGUAACUUCUUUUACUGGUUACAUUGUGAACGGUUAUAGAUUUCAAAUACAAAGUCGUGACCAGAAUUUGAGAACGCAAAAUAGUGGGGUCUAUGUGAUUGGAAACAUGGGAGAUGAAGAUGAAAACAUAGAUUUUUAUGGAGUAGUGACACAAAUAAUAGAGAUGCAAUACCUUGGAGGGAAUAGAGUGAUGUUAUUUCGUUGUAAAUGGUGGGAUGUGUUCGAUAAGGUAAGAGGAUUUAAAGAAGAUGAAUAUGGGAUUGUUAGUAUUAAUUGCAAUAAGCAGUUAAAAACUAAUGAACCAUUCAUCUUAGCUAGUCAAGCAAGACAAGCUUUUUAUGCCAUUAACAACAUUAACAAAGGUUGGUUUAUUGCAUCGAAGACUCAGCCGCGCAACUACUCAUACGAUGAAAACAAUGGUGAUGACCCUGAUGGGGAUGCUUAUCAGCAGGGUGAAUAUUCCAAACCAACAUAUCAUGCUUCUUCCUCAACUAGUGCAAGCAUUGAAGUAUGUAAAAGGCGGGCAGAUUUAGAUCCUAUUGUUGUAGAAAAUAAUUCAAAUAGUAGUAGAGAAGCAAGAUCUACAAAGAGGAGGAGAGAGGAAUGAUUUGUUUAUCAAUUGACUCUUAGAAAGCUUUUUAGUUUAUUAUUCUUCAUAACUACCAUAUUUUAUUUCAUAGUUGAACUUUUACAUCCAACUCCGUUUGCUAUAAAAAGGUUAUAUUACUUUUUUUUAUCAUUUACAAUUUGUAGUUGAAUUCAUUCUUUUAUUUUGUUUGUUUCUUUGUUUGUUUUUUUUUUCAUUGUAGUGUAUUUCAUUUGUCUUAAUCCUAUUUUUUUUUUUCCAAUUCAUGUUGAUUACUUUUUUUUUCCUACUGUAGUGUAUUUCAUUUGUCUUAAUCCUACUUUUUUUCUUCUUGUUAUUAUGCAGAGAAAUAAUGGCUCCUCCUACCCAAAAGACUUCAAUGCUUAGAUUUAAAAGAGAGUAUGUACCACCUCUAAUGUUAGCAAGGGGCCGUGGGAAGAGGUUAGCAAAUAUAUAUUCACCCAAAAGUCCUCAUCUUCACCUUAGAGUUGGUAAUGAUUCCCCUAUCCACAAAGGAAGUGCUGAUAGAAAUCUUUUACAGUCAAGGAAACCUCCGCUUGGUCAAUUUAAAACUGUUAGGAAUUCUGCUGUUGUCAAUAGUGUUGAUAAUAUAACUUCCUUUGAUCCAUUAUUUGGCCCCCCCCCCCCCCCCCCCCCCCCCCCCCCCGUCCACUUAAAUUGCAAUAACAGAGAUGAUCAAGAGUCAUCUUUUGAGGCAAGUGACCAAAACUUUCAUGAUGAUGGGCUUCAUUAUCAAUCUGAAGAUGAAGAUAUGCAUUAUGAACAAGGAUAUGAAGAUAACAAUGAUCAUGGUCAAGAUUCAGGUGGAAACAACAAUGAGGCUGAUAAUGAAAAUGAUGUGGAAGUAUCCCCAACAAUGCAAGAAGAUGUUGAUGUUGAAAGUGGUGAUCCAUCAACUUCUAAGAAGAAGAAUGAUUCUGAAAAGAGGAGGGGAAGAAACAAAUGUAAGGAGAUAGCUAAACUGAAACCUAAUGAGAAGCUACAGAUUGAGUUCUUUAACAAUCGAGCAGUGGGAAAGAAUCACAAAGUAUUUGCAAGACAUUUGGGAAUUAUAGUACGAAAUACUAACAUAUGUCCAGUGAGAGUGCACAAAUGGAAUGAUAUUGGAGAAAGAGAAAAGGAACACAUGUGGGCAGCAGUUACGGAUGUAUUUGCCCAAUGAAAAUAUGGAAACUUACAAAGAUCAUAUUCUCGAGCAUAUGAAGGAGCUAUGGCGAAAAUGGAGGUCAGAUUUAUUAAGGUACAAUGUCACUAAAAAGAAAAUCACCUUAGCAGCUGCAUACAAGGGUAAGCCACCUAAUGGGCUUGACAUGAAUGAGUGGAAAUGGCUUAUCAAGGAGAUAUAUAUGAAGCUAAGGAUGAUUUUAAGAAAAGAAGUGCAAGAAACUCUGAAAACAGGGGCUACUAUGCUAAAGAGUUAAUGCCUCGAACUGGAAGUAAGCCAUUUAGACAAGUCAUAUGGGACGAUUUGGGGGCAAAUAAGGGAAAUGAGCCAACUUUAGUUGAUGUGUUCUAUUCGACCCGAAAGAAAGGCACCAAACUUCCAAAUGUCGAGACCACACAAAAACUGAAUGAAAUUCGAGAAACAAUGGAAAAAGAUCCAUCUCUUUCCCACGCUGAGGUAGCACAAAAGGUAUUUAAAUCCAAGUCUCGAGAUCGAGUAAUAGGCUAUGGAGGAGGAAUAAAGCUGAAAGAUAUUCAAGGACCACAACCUAGCAGAGAAGAACUUCAAGUUGAAUUGAAUGCCUCUAAAAAACAAAACCAAGUUCUUAUAAACCGCGUUGAACAAGUACAAGAGGAAAACAAUGAAUUAAAAGGUCGCAUUGGAUCAGUUGAGUCUAGAAUGAAAUUAUUUCAGGAAAUGUUAGUGACACAGCUUAAUGUCACUAUACCUUCACAGGAUGGAUCAGCUUAAUCUGGCACAUGAUGAGUAGCUGCAAUAUAUCAUUGAAGAUCUAGGAUCUCUAAUAAAUUUUUUAUUUUUAUUUUUAUUUUUGUUUAAAGUUUAAGAUAUCAGAAUUCUUUUUAGAUAUUCCUUGUUUAAAACAUACUAUUUUGUCUUGUUAUAUUGGAUGGUAGUUGGUUUAAAAUACAUUAAAUCUAAUUUAAUAUUAAGUUAUGAAUCUUUUGGUUUUC